CGGCGUGAAGUUGGGGAGGACUCCGAAUGGGUCGCAGCCGCAGCCGGUCCCCGCGGAGGGAGCGUAGGCGGUCCCGGUCCACCUCCCGAGAGAGAGAACGCAGGCGCCGAGAAAGGUCCCGGUCCCGAGAGCGAGAUCGGAGAAGAAGCCGGUCUCGAUCCCCACACAGAAGACGUUCCAGGUCCCCAAGACGACAUAGAUCCACAUCUCCUUCCCCUUCUCGAUUAAAAGAAAGAAGAGAUGAGGAGAAGAAAGAAACAAAAGAAACAAAGAGCAAAGAACGUCAGAUAACUGAGGAAGACUUGGAGGGCAAAACAGAGGAAGAAAUAGAAAUGAUGAAGUUAAUGGGAUUUGUCUUUGACUCCACAAAAGGGAAAAAGGUGGAUGGCUCUGUAAAUGCCUAUGCCAUAAAUGUGUCUCAGAAGAGGAAGUAUAGGCAGUACAUGAAUCGAAAAGGUGGAUUCAACAGACCUUUGGAUUUCAUUGCAUGAGAAUUGAAAUAUCGAAGAAUGAUCUUUUCCCCUCAUCUUUAUCAGAACAGUGGAUUUUGUAUUUUGUAUUUAAUAUGCAUCAAAAACAGGAUCACAGUCCCUCCUCCUUGUAAAGUAAGAAAAUUUUAUUUAUGAUGUGUGUAGUUCACUUACCCUGCCUCAAAAAAAAGGUUAAAUAUUACAUUUUUUUUCCUUUAGGAAAUUUCAUUUGGGGUAGUCGUCAACCCCAUUUUUUUGUCCUUAUUCCUAUGGAAACUGUAUAUGUCUUCUUCUUGGAUGCUCUUUAUGACUUUU